AUGAAGGUUCUCGCUACCGUUUUUGCCGCUGUUGGCCUGGCCUCCAUGGCCGCUGCGCACAUGGAGAUGAAGAGCCCCCCGGCCCUGCGCUCCAGCUUCAACCCCAACACGGGCGACGACGAGGACUACGACAUCCGCUCGCCCCUCAACUCGGACGGCAGCGACUUCCCCUGCAAGGGCGACCUCGGCCUCCUCGGCACCAAGGAGGGCAAGCCCGUCGCCACCUGGGCGCCCGGCGGCACCUACUCUUUUGUGAUCCACGGCAACACACCGCACAAGGGCGGCAGCUGCCAAGCGUCCGUCUCCUUUGACAAGGGCCGCACGUUCAAGGUGGUGCACUCGUACAUUGGCAACUGCCCCGUCAACGGCGACUCGAGCUACCAGUUCACCCUCCCCAGCGACACGCCCUCCGGUCAGAUGGUCUUUGCCUGGACCUGGUUCAACAACGAGGGCAACCGCGAAAUGUACAUGAACUGCGCCGUCAUCACCGUCGCGGGCAAGAAGCGCCGCGACGCCUCGGUCCCGCUCGCCAGCCGCCCCAACAUGUUUGUCGCAAACGUGGGCAACGGCGUCUGCACCUAUGAGGGCACCGAUGUCGACUUUCCCCAGCCCGGUCCUGACGUGAACCGCAACUCGCGCAACCCGCAUGCGCCGGGCAAGGGCACUUGUGAUAUCUUUGGCGGCGGCAAAUGA